AUGAAACUAAACGUCGCUGUGUUUGCCUCCUUGUAUGCAGUAACGGCAUCCGCUGUCUCAUCAGUAGACAGCCCGACAGCAACAAUCUCGGCCGGGCGGGUCAUCGGAACCAGUACAUCGGUGGGAAAUGGAUCCACGACAGUCAACCAAUUCUUUGGCAUCCCCUAUGCCGAGCCUCCCAUUGGCGACCUGCGUUUCGCGCCGGCCGUGACAUAUGGUGGACAAGGAGAUAUACAGGCCACGGCAUGGCCUAAUGCCUGUAUUCAGCAGGGGUCCGCAGAUUUGCUUACGGAUCAAAGCGAGGACUGUUUGUAUCUCAACGUGUUUGCGCCCUCGGGCCGUGCGCCGGGAUGCGGACGGGCCGUCAUGGUUUGGAUCCACGGCGGCGCAUUGAAGACGGGUUCCAGUGCCAUUGCGGAGUACAACGCGACGCUUCUCGCCGCCAACCAGGAUGUCGUUGUCGUGACCAUCAACUACCGCCUCAGUCUGCUUGGCUUUUCAAACUCGCCGGCCUUGGCGGUGGAGGACCGGAAUGCUGGGUUCUACGAUCAGCGCAUGGCGCUUCAGUGGGUGCAGGACAAUAUCGCAUCUUUUGGAGGCGACCGAAAUAAAGUCACAAUUUUUGGCCAAAGCAGCGGCGGCACCAGUGUCAGUCGCUUGGUCGGAACCAUGGUGGAGAACCCUCCCUUUCGGGCUGCCAUUGUGGAAAGCGGAUGGUAUGACUAUGCCUCCAUCAUGGAUAUAGCCUCGGAUGUUCCCGGCUUGGCGGCUUGGAACUCGAUCGUUGCUCAGCUGAACUGUUCCAGCUCAACCAACAGCACUGUUGCAGAACUCGCGUGUAUGCGUACUGUAGACUCCUCGUCCAUCCAGUCGGCCUUGUCCAACGCGAGCUCCUUGACUUUUACACCAGUGAAUGAUGACGUGACGCAGCUGACCUUUCCCGAGAAAGCUCGCAGAGACGGUCGCAUCGCCAGAGUUCCCAUCUUGACCGGACAGACUGCCAACGAGGGCACCCUGUUCCAAGAUCCAACCAUAACCUCACUCGACGAGUUUGUUGCCGACUAUCCCACCCUGGAUCCCGUCGAGUCUGAUCUUGCUUCUGCCUACCCAACGUCUGACUCUGGGUACGCUUCGCAAUUUGAUGCUGAUGGUGCCAUUGACACGGACGCUGAAUGGACCUGCUCAAUUUCAAGAAUCGCGGGCCUAACCUCGCAGCUGGGCAUACCGUUCUGGAGAUACUACUUUAAUGCAACAUUCCCAAACACCGAGAUUGAAGGUUACGGUGUAUACCACUCGGCCGAACUGCCACUCGUGUUUGGCACUUUUGAAGCCUCGAGUGCGACGUUGGAGGAAGUCGAGCUGAGCACCGUCAUUCAAGGUGCCUGGGCGAGCUUUGCCAAGGAUCCAUGGGGUACGGGACCCGGUUGGCCGAGAAUCGACACGCCAAUGGAUCAUCUUGUAGCGGCGCUAGGAAGUCCAAACAAAAAUGAAACAGGAUGGACCAUGGUUGCAAAUGGUACCAUCGAUAGCAAAUGCUGGAUAUACCAAUCCAUCUAUGACAGCGCUGCGGGCGGAACUCCAUGGUGGUGA